GUGCCUCGCAGAACCACAGUGGGCCGAGCAAGUUUCUUCUCCCAAGCUGGACGGGCGCUCUUCAUCAACGUGGUUUCCUCCUAUUAAAACGCUAGAACAGGACAGGGUGGGCUUGGAAUAGGGACAAGGGAAAGAAGAGGGAAGGGGAGGAGCAUGCACCCCUCCCGGGCUUGGUGCGCGCGGCGCCCCCUACUCUCCCGGUACCUGGGAGGGGACGCGCGGGCCGGACGCGCCCAGACGGCCCCGAUGGCGCCGGUAGCCGGCGGGCUCCGUCGGGGGCCAGGCUCCUGCCCGGCCGCCCCCGGUCGGGGCGCGGUCGUCGUCGUGUGGCUUUUUCUCGGCACCUUGUGCACAGCCCCUGCCAGCGCCAUCCAGGUGACCGUGUCAGACCCCUACCACGUGGUGAUCCUAUUCCAGCCCGUCACCCUGCCCUGCUCCUACCAGAUGACCAACACCCCCACGGCGCCCAUCGUGAUCUGGAAGUACAAGUCGUUCUGCCGGGACCGCAUCGCCGAUGCCUUCUCCCCAGCCAGCGUGGAGAACCAGCUCAAUGCCCAGCUGGCGGCCGGUAACCCGGGCUACAACCCCUACGUGGAGUGCCAGGACAGCGUGCGCACCAUCAGAGUGGUGGCCACGAAGCAGGGCAACGCCGUCACUCUGGGCGAGUACUACCAGGGCCGGAGGAUCACCAUCACAGGAAAUGCUGACCUGACCUUUGACCAGACAGCUUGGGGGGACAGUGGUGUCUACUACUGCUCCGUGGUCUCGGCCCAGGACCUGCAGGGGAACAAUGAGGCCUACGCGGAGCUCAUCGUCCUGGGCAGGACCUCGGGGGUGGCUGAGCUCUUACCUGAUUUUCAGGCGGGGCCCGUGGAAGACUGGCUGUUCGUGGUCAUGGUCAGCCUGGCCGUCUCCCUCGUCUUCCUCCUCCUGGGCAUCUGCUGGUGCCAGUGCUGCCCUCACACCUGCUGCUGCUACGUCAGGUGUCCUUGCUGUCCCCACAAGUGCUGCUGCCCGGAGGCCCUGUAUCUGGCCGGCAAAGCAGUCACAGAAGGCGGAAGCAUCUACAACCCCAACGUCUAUGGCUUUGUUUCGCCUUCCAAGACCCCACCCCCACCUUCCAUGAUUCCCAUGGACCCUUUUAAGAGCAGGUACCCUGGAGACUUCGACAGGAACAGCUCAGUCGGCGGCCACAGCUCCCAGGUGCCUCUGCUUCGUGACACAGACAGCAGCGUGAACUCUGAAGUCCGCAGCGGCUACAGGAUCCAGGCCAACCAGCAGGACGACUCCAUGCGGGUCCUGUACUACAUGGAGAAGGAGCUGGCUAACUUUGACCCUUCUCGGCACGGCCCUCCCAAUGGACGCGCAGAGCGGGCCAUGAGUGAAGUCACCUCCCUCCAUGAAGACGACUGGAGAUCUGGGCCUUCCCGGGGCCCUGCUCUCCCCCCAAUCCGGGACGAGGACUGGGGUCGCUACUCUCCCCGAAGUCCCCGGAGGUGGGAGCAGGAGUCCCUCACGCAGCGGCCGGGGAGUGGCCGGUCGGCGGGGCGGCCCCGGGCGCGCUCCGUGGAUGCCCUGGAUGACUUCUCCCGGCCGGGCUCAUCCGCAUCGGGGAGGUCUCCCCCAAGGAGUGGGCAGAGAGGACGCGCCUACGCACCUCCCCGAAGCCGCAGCCGAGAUGACCUCUACGAACAAGACGACGCACGCGGCAGGGAACCCCGCUACGAUGACUUCAGGUCUAGAGACCGAGACCGCCCUCACGCUGACCCGAGGGCCCACUGCCCGCGCGCCCGCGCCCCCCGCGACGACGGCUACAGGUCCAGGGACCCCCAGUAUGAUGGGCGGCUAGUGGAGGAGGCCUUGAAGAAAAGGGGGCCGCCAGAGAGGAGGCGACCUUACAAGGAGGAGGAAGAUGAGGAGGAGGCCUACUACCCCCCUGCGCCGCCCCCAUACUCCGAGACCGACUCCCAGGCCUCCCGGGAGCGCAGGCUCAAGAAGAACUUGGCCCUGAGUCGGGAAAGUCUAGUCGUCUGACCUCGCGUUUUGUAUGUAGCUUUUGUAUUUUUUUUUUUUAAUUUGAGGGAAGGACGGUGAUUUCUCUUCCUAAGUCUAAUAAAAAAUUUAUAAUCACAAGGCCUGAGUCUGGAAGAAGCGUUUGUUGUGCUGCUGGAGGUGGGGAGCCGGACAUCCGGGUCGGGUGGGGAGUGUCUUCGCAAAGACGGUGUGGACCCACU